AUGUCUCUCAACAUCCCCAACGCCCCCAACGCGGGCCUGUUCAAGCAGGGGUACAACAACUACGACUCCGAAGAUGGAGCCGUCCUGCGGAACAUCGACGCCUGCCGCGCCAUCGCCUCGACCGUUCAGACCUCUCUGGGCCCCUACGGCCGCAACAAGAUCGUCAUCAACCACCUCCAGAAGAUGAUCCUUACCUCAGACGCCGCCACAAUCCUCAGAGAACUCGAUGUCGUUCACCCCGCCGCCAAGCUCCUGGUUAUGGCCAGUCAGCAGCAGGAGGCCGAGAUGGGCGAUGCCACGAACCUGGUCAUCGUUCUUGCCGGCGAGCUUCUGCGGAAGGCCGAGGACCUGCUGCGCAUGGGCCUGAAGACGUCGGAUAUCGUCACCGGUUACGAGCGCGCCCAAAAGUUCGCCCUCGAGACCCUGGAGGAGCUGUCCGUCGACAAGGUUGGGGAGAUCCGUUCUCAGGAGGAGCUGAGCAAGGCCAUCCGCACCGUUAUUGCCAGCAAGCAGAACGGCAGCGAGGACUUCCUGGCCAACCUCACCGCCGAGGCCGUCCUUGCCGUUCUCCCCAAGAACCCCGUCGGCUUCAACGUCGACAACAUCAGAGUAGUCAAGAUCAUGGGUGGCAGCUUGGAGCAAAGUCGUGUCGUCAAGGGUAUGGUCUUCCCCAAGGAGCCGGAUGGAUCGAUCAAGAAGGCCCAGAAGGCCAAGGUCGGUGUCUUCUCCUGCCCCAUCGACACCAGCCAGACCGAGACCAAGGGCACCGUGCUUCUCCACAACGCCAAGGAGAUGAUGGACUUCACCAAGGGCGAGGAGUCUCAGCUCGAGGCCUCCAUCAAGGAGCUCCACGACGUCGGCAUCAGGGUGGUCGUUGCCGGCUCCACCGUCGGCGACCUGGCCAUGCACUACCUCAACAGAUACGGCAUCCUCCUCAUCAAGAUUCUCAGCAAGUUUGAGCUGCGAAGAAUCUGCAGAGUCGUCGGUGCCACCCCCCUUGCCCGUCUGGGCGCCCCCAUGCCCGACGAGAUGGGCUCAAUCGACGUUGUCGAGACCCUUGAGAUCGGCGGUGACCGUGUCACCGUCUUCAGACAAGAGAACGAGGUCACAAGAACAGCAACCAUUGUCCUGAGAGGAGCCACCCAGAACCACCUCGACGACAUUGAGCGUGCCGUCGACGACGGUGUCAACGUCGUCAAGGCCAUCACCAGAGACCCCCGCCUGGUGCCUGGUGCGGGUGCCACCGAGAUCCAGCUUGUCGAGAGACUGAACGCUCUCGGUGAGAAGACCCCUGGUCUGUCUCAGUACGCCAUCAGGAAGUACGGCGAGGCUUUCGAGGUUGUCCCCAGAACGAUUGCAGAGAGUGCCGGCCUGGACGCAACCGAGGUUCUCAGCAGACUGUACAUGGCGCACCACAAGAAGGACGACUGGGCCACCGGUGUCGAUAUCGAGAACGACGACGGCAGCGGCACCCUUGACGCCCGUGAUGAGGGUAUCCUCGAUUUGCUGGUUUCCAAGUCGUGGGCCAUCAAGCUGGCUACCGAGGCGGCUCGGACUGUUCUGUCUGUCGACCAGAUUAUUGUGGCUCGCCAGGCGGGUGGCCCUAAGCCUCCUGGCCCCAAUCCCAACUGGGAUGAGGACUAA